CGUACCUCCGUUUGUCUUUUACUCGUCGCUGGUAGCUAUGGCUUCACUAAACAAACUAGCAAUUCGCGGUAUACGUUCUUUUGACGACAAGCAAGUUUCCAUUAUUGAAUUCUUUUCUCCUGUCACUGUGAUUGUUGGCCACAAUGGUAGUGGCAAGACGACUAUUAUCGAAUGCCUCAAGUACGCCACCACCGGAGACCAACCUCCUAAUAGCCGUGGGGGCGCCUUUGUUCAUGAUCCAAAAAUGGCUAAUGAGAAGGAGGUGAAUGCACAAGUAAAACUCAGGUUUUUUGCCGCGAAUGGACAGAGGAUGCUUGCUGUGAGGAGUUUGAGUGUCACGACCAAAAAGACUGCGGGGUUGACCAUGAAGACGUUGGAGAGUAUCUUGGCCGUCGAUGACACCAGUAUAGAGAAAAAUAGCAAGAGAGCUGUAAUUUCUACGAAGUGUGCUGAGAUGGACACCGAGAUACCUCAGUUGUUAGGGGUCUCUAAAGCUGUUCUUGAGAAUGUCAUCUUCUGUCACCAAGAAGAUUCUUACUGGCCGCUUGCCGAGCCUUCUGCGCUCAAAAAGAAAUUCGACGAUAUCUUCGAAGCGACUAGAUAUACAAAGGCCCUUGACAAUAUCAAGGCCCUUCGUAAAGAUCGAGUAGGGGACCUCAAAACUGAGAAAGAACGACUCGAGGGUCUGGCGAAAGAAAAAGGACAUGCAGACAAGCUUCGUGCUCGAAUCUCCGAGCUCAAGAACACCAUUCACGUCAAGGAGAUUACCUACGAAGAAACAAAGAGAGACUACGAUGAAGUUGUUGUUGCCAAUGCCAAAUACUACGAAUACGCGUCUCGCUUCCGUGAGAUCUAUAUCAAGAUAGAAAAUCUUCAGGAGAAACAGAAAACCCUGCAGGCCGAUUUAGAUGAGACUAGAGUGAAUGUACCCGAGAUUCUUGGCUCCAAUGAAAAUUUACAAAAGCGUAUGGAUCGGUUUGACGAAAAUAUCCAGGAACAGAAGCGACAACGACAGAAAGCAGUUGCUCAAAAGCAAGAUAUCGAGGGAGAGCUGGAUACCAGCAGAAUGAAUCGUGAUGUCCAUCUGAACAAUGUAGCCCGCUUUAAUUCUGAAGCUAAUCAACAGCAACAGCGGCUCAAAGACCGUGAACAACUUAUCAGGGAUAUUUCGACGAAGUUUGAAAUAGGUAGUUUCGGUCAAAAUGCUUUAGAUGGUUCCCAGGUCAUCGAAUUUAUGUCAAAGCUGGAUGAUUUCAAGGGAAAGCAGAACCAUGAGUUGGAGAAAUUGCAGGCGGAGAGGAAGUCUCAACAGGAAGAAUACAACGCAAGGUCCCGUGAGCUUACUGCAGCCGCUGAACAGCUCAAAGCCGAUAAAUCUUCUCUUCGGCAACAAAUUGCUGAACGCAAGGGCUAUAUCGCAAAAGGCGAACGCGAACUCGAAAAUAGCCAAGAGCUUUCCGGUCAGCUUCAGGUAAACACGGGCGACAUCGAAGAGAAAACGCGACGACUUGACAAACUGAAGGCGGACUUCAAGAACGCCAACUACGAUGAAAAGCUUUCUCGGAAUACCGAGAAGAAGACUGUCGCAGAAAGCAAACGCGAAAGGCUUAACCAAGAAUUCAUCAUGUUGAACCGAGAAGCCGAAUCUCGUGCAAACUUGAAUUUGAAGCGGAAAGAUAUCAACGCCAAGAAUAUCGAGAUCGAGUCCAAUGUUGAUUCUGCGAACACGAAACUUGUUAAACUAACAGGCAAAACGGCUUCGAUCGAGUCAAUUGAAAGCGUAAUUGAGAAAAUCGCAAAAAAGAAGAUGAAUGCGCUCGAGAUCGCAGAAUUAGAUGCCAACACUGCCAGUGGUGACCACCGUCAAGCAGAGGCUUCUGUCGCAGAAAAAAUUUCUACUCUGAAAUCAAAAAUGAAAGACCUCAAAGAUGCCGAACGUCAAAUGAACAGUGCGUUUGAAAAAAAGGAGAUGACUUUAGAAGAAGCCAUUAAAGAUGCUUUCGCCCAGCUCAAUUUUGCCAAGGAGGAGGUACACGUUGGUGCAGGGGCAGCGAAAGUAUAUGAGCGAAUACUCCAAGCCGGGAAGCAAAAGAAAAAGUGUACCGCCUGCAAUCGUCAUAUGGAUGACGAUGAAUUGCAUGUCUUUGAGAAAUAUCUGAAAGAAGAGAUCAAUAAAUCCAAGCAAACCAAAGAUGCGGAAGCCUCUGUUGAAGGGUGGGCGGAAGAACAUGAGAGGCUGCAAAAACUACGCCCUAUCCAGAGUCGACUGGACACACUGAAGCUCAAAGAGAUACCAGCAAUGGAAGAACAGGUUGCCAAGGCUGAAACCACAGCAAUGGAAACAAAAGAAAUUGCAGAGCAGGCUUCCGAUAAAGUCAACGCUCUGAAGGAAGAAUUGAAUGACAUUCAGGCGGUCAGGGAGUAUGGUAAAACAAUUGCGAGGCUUCAAGCAGAAGUAGAGCGACUGAAACAAGAUGUCAAAUCCAUUGAAAACGAACUUGCAGCAUCUGGGUCCACGAAAAGUACUGAGGAUAUCCAGAACGAGAUUGAAGCACUAUCUAGUGAAAUACGUGUUCUCGAUAAAGAGAGUAAUGCUUUAACAAGAGAGCGUGACCGCCAAAAUGCGACACACCGAAGCAUUGAGAGCGAAUUGCAUAGGCUGGAGCUCGAAUCCGCCAAGAUACGUAGCAGAAUUAAGGAGAAGGAGAAUAUCGAGAAACAGAUUGAACAGUGGAAGAAGGACAUCGCUGAUAUGUCAGAUCGAAUGAAGACUGCAGAACAACGCAUCGCCGAAGCUCAGGGCCCCAUUGAUGCACUCGAUGCCGAGCACAAAACCCAACAACGCGAGCUGGACGGCAAAUUAUCCAGCGCUUCGGUUCUGGCUCAAGAUCUGAACCGCAGAGCGGACAAACUCGCCGACACCCAAAGACAUGUGGAAAAGUAUGUUCAACAGCGGAAAGAGCAACAACUUCGCGACUCCAAUGCAUCGCUCGAAGAAGCCAAGGAAGAAAUCAAGGAAUUGGAAAAACAAGUCGAGGAAGCUCGAGACAAAAUCGCCAAAAUCGACAAAGAGAUUAGCGAAAGCGGUUCUACUCUUUCCAAUCUUCGGGAGAACAUUCGUUUGCGGAAGCUUGUGACACAAAUUCAGGAAACGCAGACUGAAAUUGACUCCUAUGACAUGGAGGAAGCUGCCAAAGCUAAGCGUACCUUCCAAGACAAAUGGAAAAUUGCAAAGAAUAAAGAGGAGACUCUUCAGCUUGAGUUUUCGCACAUUGGAGGUGAAAUAAGCUCCCAUAAGUCUCAGCUCAGCACCUGGGAGACAGACGCCAAAGAAUACAAGGACAUCAAUAAGCAUUACACUGAUCAACUCAUCAAAGUCAAGAUGUCCGACAUGGCGAACAAUGACCUGGAGAAGUACGGAAAAGCCUUGGAAAAUGCUAUCAUGAAAUAUCACACCCUGAAGAUGGAGGAGGUGAACGAUACUAUGAGGCAUCUCUGGAACAAAACGUAUCAGGGCACAGAUAUCGAUGGAAUCAAGAUUCGGUCCGACGUUGAGGGCGGAGCUUCCAAACGUUCUUACAAUUAUAGGGUCGUAAUGACGAAGGACCAGGUGGAGAUGGACAUGCGAGGUCGAUGUUCAGCUGGACAGAAGAUGCUGGCAUCCAUCAUCAUUCGGCUGGCACUAUCCGAUUCAUUUGGCCAGAAUUGUGGUAUCUUGGCUUUGGACGAGCCCACCAAUGCGCUCGAUACGGAAAAUAUUGAAGCUCUGGCUUCUAGUCUUGUCGAUAUCAUUAAUGAGCGGAAGAAUCAUUCCAAUUUCCAACUCAUCAUCAUCACUCAUGACGAAAACUUUUUGCGCAAGUUAGGUCAGAGCGACGUGAUGGAAUAUUAUUGGCGCGUUUCUCGAGAUUCCCGACAAAAAUCCACAACAGAACGCCAGCGAAUUCGGUAGUUUUGGUUCUCAAGAUGCUCUUCCCCUUGUCUGUUUUCUCUUGUAUUUCAGUGCUGCUAUUUAGUUUCUCUUGCAUUCUUCGAACCACUAUUUAUCAUCGUAACUGUAUUUGUAUCAACUGUACCGUACGGGUGCCUUGACCCGACCAUCAAUGUAUGUUCAUAACAUUCUCCAUAGC